GUCGGAGCAGUGGCAUUCGGGUGGCUGGGACGCGACGAGAAGCACAUGGCAGGAGCCGGACUACAAGCCUGGCGAGCAGCAGCGGGCUUCUUCGCGAUCCACCUGGACUCCGGCUUCGACCUGGGAGAGCUACGGGGACAGGCCUUGGAAAGACGAGCAUCGGGGCGACUGGUCAUCCGGAUGGAGAUGGAACGACAGCUACAAGGACAGCAAGUGGGAGCCCAAUAAGCGCCACUCCGGACAUGAUGACGACCGCUCCAGCACGAACACCGGCAAGGACUUCGCCGACCCCGAGAAAUGGAGAGGCUGGGGGGGCUACCGCAUGUGGCGCCGCACGCAGGCUGAUCGCCUCUUCCGCUCUCUUGAUCAAGACCUUCAACGGAAGCUCGAGGACCUCGAUGACGACACGCUAUGCAGCUCAUGGGGUUUCGACGCCAUUAUCAAACGCCUGGACUUGAUGUCUGGUGAAAGACACGGCGACGAGCGACGGAAGGUCGCUCGAGAGUGCUUACUGGAUUAUUCACGCAAGCAGGGAGAGAAUCUCACCGAAUAUUGUGCACGUGUGGACACGGCCUUCGACAGGGUAGCUACUCAGGGGCUGCCGCUUCCAGACGAGUGGAAACUGAUGUUCCUGGAGGAAGGAGUUUCUCUCGACGAGCGCUCGGCGCAGAUGGUCAAGGUGCUCAUGAGGGACCAGAAGGACUACAAGUCGGCUCUCUCGGCUAUUCGGGAGAUGGACAUCCCCCAUCGAGAGCGUCUCAAAGCACGGAGGACCUACGCCACUAUGGGCUCGGAAGCACCUCCACCUCAGGUGCCUACCUAUCAGGUCGAGCGCGACGACGAGUCCUUGCUCGACUAUUCGGAUGUCUCUUCCAUGGACUCAGACGGGGAAGCAGAGGUCUGGGCGAUCCUGGAGUCGGCCGACGUCGGGGAGGACUACGCGCCUGCAGCGCUGGCCGCCAUUAACCAGGAGCGCCGCAAGACAUGGAGGCAGAACCGCGACUUGAAGAGACAGCUGAAGACCGACCGGAAGUUCUACGAUAGGUCUGGCCAGGGCCGUGGCAGUGAUGGGUGCGAGACAGGCCCGGCCACAGGGCAGCAGACGGCACGUUCAGAGCGCGGAAGAGCCGCCUUCCGCUUGCUGAAUUAA